GCAUUUUUUUUGCAACUGAUCGCAUUCGUCUCCGGCAACACAGCAAUGGACAGCGUGCGGUAAGGGCAGACAAUGAAGGGAGCUUCCAGUAGUCGGGUAAAUCUGCCGUGCAUAAUUGCAAGAAAAAAAAAGGAGUGGGUUUAUUUUUUGAUGUCUGGCGAUCGAUUCAUUUCUGUUUCAACGAAGGACUGGACGCGAGAGUUUCUUAACCGUUAUCUAUGAAGGCAGGAGAAAGGCUGCGUUAUUCUAUGUGGCUCGAAAACAAAUGCAGACUAUGCUGGAAUCAGUGGCUACAGUCCGCUUCCUCUGCUCCCAGUGCUACUAUAUUUCAACGGGAAGCCAGCAUAUCCUCUCGCUCCUCUUAUCUUUUUGCCAAUAUGCUGCCUCGUCUUCCUCCUGCUUCCUGCCGUUUGUGACAUGACAAUAAGGAGGAGAAAAAAAUUAAAAAAGGGACUAGCCUGGAACGAAUGACGAAUUCAAACAGAAAAUCAAAUCUGAAGACAAACGACAGUGUCUAAAUUAACGCGUCCAGCAAGAUCGACUCGUGCCAGUGCUGAAUAUUGCACAGCCUCUAUUUUCCAACCCUUUGCUUUUAUAAACUAUAUAUAAAUACCUUCAUAUAGUUUAACCCUAGAACGAUGGGCUGCAUUCAGAGUAUAACUUGUAAAUCAAGAAUACGGCGAGAAAAUAUUGUGGUCUAUGACGUUUCUGCAACGAUUGAUCAAUGCCCAACUAUAAUAGAAGAAAAUUCCCCUAUUGUUUUACGGUACAAGACACCAUACUUCAAGGCGUCCGCUCGAGUGGUGAUGCCUCCCAUCCCCAGGAAUGAAACGUGGGUGGUUGGAUGGAUUCAAGCUUGCAACCAAAUGGAAUUUUUCAACACUUACAGCGACCUCGGAAUGUCCAGCUGGGAACUUCCUGACUUGCGAGAAGGCAGGGUUAAAGCUAUCAGUGAUUCUGACGGAGUGAGCUAUCCGUGGUAUGGCAAUACUACAGAAACAGUGACGCUCGUCGGUCCUAUAAGCAGGGUGUCCCGGUUCUCAGUCAGUAUGAAUGAUAAUUUUUACCCGAGUGUGACAUGGGCGGUACCCGUGAGCGAAAGCAACGUGUCGCAGCUAACCAGGAUUAAAAGAGACCAAAGUUUCACCACCUGGCUGGUAGCCAUGAACACAAUCAGCAAAGAGAAGAUUAUACUUCAGACAAUCAAAUGGAGAAUGCGCGUUGACAUAGAGGUUGACCCAACGAACCCAUUAGGAUAUCGCGCUAAACUUGUUGGAAGGACACAGCAGGAACAACCUCGGAUAUUAGCUAGAAUGGAGCCCAUACCUCCAAAUGCCUUGGUGAAGCCCAACGCGAACGACGCCCAGGUUUUAAUGUGGAGACCUAAGCGUGGUCUACCUCUAGUUGUCAUACCUCCCAAAUAGUAAUACAGGCUGCCGCUCUUCAAGAAAUCUUAUAAGGACCUAAUUUUUUAUACAUCUCCUAUUUCAUCCAGCAGCAACAAAUGAACAAGGUUGGAUUUUAAUUUUUUUUGAUAUGUAAGUUAUGCACUUUUUAGAGGAAGUGAAUGAAACCUUGGUUCAGUUGUGUAUCACGGGGUCUUGCUUGGCUGUUUACAGAAGUCAUUCCAUUGUUCUGGUUACAUUUAAUUUGUGUGUGUGUGUGUGUGUGUGUGUGUGUGUGUGUGUGUGUGUGUGUGUGUGUUUGUUUUGAUAAGGCAAAGUUCUCAGUCCAGAUGAACUGGCCGUGGUGCUGAAAUUGACGGGAGAAAGUUUCACUAUUUUAUAAUUACCUAGGAAUUGGGUUGGGGUUGGCUUGUGCUGCUCCACGUGCAGACUUCGGUCGGAAGAUGCUUCCUCCUCUUGUACUUGAGUAUUUAUUCGACGGAUUGAUUGAUAACCUUUCUGCAUGCACUUCCUGUUAAGGAAAUUAAUGGUUCGGAAUAUCCAUGUCCAUUCAAAUAUGUGUGCUUUGAGGAAUUUCGAGCCUUUGUCACAUGUAUUGCAGUCAAUUGAAUUUUAUUUUAACAUCGCAGCAAUUUUUUUGGAAUGUUUUUUUUCCGGGUCAGCAUUGAAACUUUGAAGAAGUGAGACUGAAAAAAAAAGGCUCCCAUUUGACCUUCUGCAUUUAUUUUGCUGUGAACGUUUUUUCAAACGUUAGGUGCCAAUGUGACUGGGAUCUUAACAAACUGUACCAUAGAUCUUGGUGGUUUUAACCGAAGAUUACUUCACAACAUCCACGCCUUUUACCUCGGCGCAUAUAACGAUGCUCUUUUAGCAGACGCCGCCACAAUACCGAACGCAGAUGUUUGCUUAUAGGAUUUCUGCCAGGUUGUGCAUUGGCUCUGAAGAUUUCCAACUUAAUUUGGGAAGAUUAAGAGUUUUCAGCAAACGUGCUAUUUUUACGAGCUGCUAACACCCGAGUUCUUUGUCAAUCAGAUAUCUGUAUAGGAGCGUUAUUUAACAUGGUCCCUUCAUUGUAACCUUGGCACUUUUGAUGAAGUGGCAAUGGUCUGAUGACAAAUCAGUUGCAGUACAUGUCAUGUACUGGUUGUCCAGCCACGUAUUAAUAAGAUAUAUUGUUGCCUGUGUUCCGACUGGACAAUAAGAAGUAGCCAUAAACACGCACAUGAGCGGACUUGUUCUAUGUAUAAAUAACUAUUCUCAAAAGCAUGAAGUGAGGACCUGGAUGAGCAGAGUGACAAUGUGUCAAAACCAGCACCUGCCAUCUCAGUCUGAUUCCCAGCUUUGGUUAGAUCUCAAGUGAAUUGGGUACGUAAUUAAAAUGAAAUAUAAAACAAUGCGGGGCAAUGGGGAACGAGCAAGAGAGCGGCACUAAUUAGAAGCUCUUUCAGAGAGCAAGCGCCUUGAGCCCAAAGACCUUCCUCUGUGCUGUGUGAUUGGUUCAACAUAAAUUCAGGAAUCAAGAUCAUUAUGUUAAAAACUUCAUUUAUAAUCUUCCAUCUGAAUAUUGUAAAAUUGUACGAAACAUCUGAAUGUUAUACAAAUUGUGUUUUAUUUAUAUUGCACUUUUAUGUCACAUUUUUAAAGUAAGCUUUUUUUUUAAGGAACUGCAACUUGAGACCAUGAUGUUGAACUCAAAUGGGAGUAUACUGAAAUACCUGGAAAAAGAUUAACUGAUUUGUUGUGUUGCUAAACUUGGCUCUGCAGUGUGCCUUAUAUACAGUAAGAUCUGUAGCAUACCUGGCUCUCCUUGGAGCACAGAUGUUUGGCAGAUGUUUGGCUUACUAAUCUGUUACUUGAAGGUUGAAGGGUGACAAGCUGUUGGUUGGUGGAUUGCAUGCAUUUCUGUAACUGAGAAAUUUGCACUUUGAUUUUGUUCAUUUAUACUGGAAUAUGACAUGUCACUUUCAUUGCUG